AUGCAAAAAAGAGUAGAGCAAAUCAGGAGACUCAUUGCGCAAUUUGAGUCUGUUUCAUACGACGAAGACAGGCUUGAGAUACUCAGUGAGAUCCACACUUUCUCCCAGAUUGAUCCAGUUGCAGUUGGAACACUCUGCCUGACCAGCAUAUUCAAAUCAGUCUUUGAAAUGGAUGAAACUGAAAUCCACUACAAAAUACUCGAACGAAUAUUCAGCAGUUCCAAGAAGGAUGAAUUCGUAGACGACCUCUUCUGUGACCAGAUGAAUCUGAACAUGCUCCUUGAUCUGAGUGUGAUUGAGGUCGUCUACUUCCUUGAUACGGUCAACAGCAGUCUCUUUCUACGUAGAUUGGCUAAUCAGACCAAAAUAGAGGCUGUUUUGAUCAGAGCAGUGGAAAUAGGUGAAUUAGAGAAGAAUAACAGGUGGCUUGAUGAACUAUUUGCUACUAAAAAGAAUGAAAUAUUCGAUAGACUUCUGGAUAGCAAUAAGGCAGUUUCAAGACUGUUUAAAAGUGGGCUAUUGGAGAAGUUGUUGAAUGACUCCCUGAUAAAUCAGACCAAAUUCAUGGAAACAGAAGUAUUCAGAAAUAACACUGGUAAAAUAAGCAUAAAUGGAAUACGAAUACUCCUAAAUAAGGAAAAUAGCAGGUAUUCAGAAGUACAGCAGAUAUUUAUGAAGAGAAGUGUGAUAGAAAAUGGAUUAAUAAACAAGGAUUAUGAGUUGAUAUACAACCUGAUAUAUGGAUCAGAUAGAAACACAGCCAUAUUGGUGGAAUACUGUAAGAAUAAUAAGGUGACUGAAGUGGUUGAAAGAGACUCAGCUGAUUUCUACUACGCCGCUAACAUUCUCGACAUCUUUCUUGGAAUUGAUCAGAAUAUCCCAUGUCACAACUGGAUAUCAGUGACACUGGCGAAUAUCAGUAACAUAAACACCGAAUUGGAUUGUGACUACUCAAUCACUGAUCAAAAGUAUCUGAUAUACGAGAUAUUUGUUCAUAGCAGAAUAUCAGAGAAUGACAUCCUGAAACUGAUCUACGAGUGUCACGGUGUGAUCAGAGAGUUGGCUCUGUUCAUUGGACUGAUGUGUGGAUACAGUACCACUCUAUCACCACAUGAGAUACUGAUCACUCUCAUCCAAUUCAGAAUGCACCUGAUCAAUAACAAAAUGUAUUCAACCAAAAUAGACGAAAUGCUCCUUGGAUCUGUGAGUGAUUUCAUCAAACUGUACAACGAGUAUCUUUAUGAGGAGAGCACGAAGAAGAGUGGAAUUCAGGCUGAAUUGGAUGACUUCGGUACCAAUUUAUCAGACGAGAAUGUGGUAGUGAAGACCGAUGCAAUUGAAAAUGAGAAUGAAACAGGGAUGCUGAAUAUUGAGAAUCUGGCGAGGUUGAACAAGGGAAUUCAGAAUGUGCUACGAUUCUUCAGAAGAAAAGAAGACGAAUAA